GGGAUAAAGAGAGGGGGGCAGGCUGGCUUGGGAGUUGGGACAGAUGACGAGACAGAAGAAGAAGAGCUAGAAGAGUUAGAGAAGCCUGGCCUGCCUGAGAGCAUUUGAUUGACAUCAAGCAAACACCAGUGACAGUCCAGCUGCAGCACCAUUUAAAUUUUGAAAAUUUAUUUGAUUUAAAAGGUGUGUGGGCCAGCGCAACUGAUAGAAGUGAAGUCAGAAGAAGACAGUGAUUUUUUUUUUAAUUUAAAAAAAUGUUUUUUUUUGUUCAUUCAUUGCUUGGCUAUUGGCUUGCAAGUUGCAAUUGUUGUACAAAUGCCAUACAGCAUAAUUGGCAACAUUGGUUCAGUCGGUUCUGGUUGACAUGGGGAUUGGGGAAGUUGCUGGCAAACUUGGACACUAGUGCCAGCAGGCAAGCAUUGGCACUUGGCUUGCUUGCAUGCAAAAGUGAAGGGCACUGCCACUGAUUGAGAGUCUCUCUCUCUCUCUGGGCAAACCAAACAAACAGUCUAAUGUUCUCAGACUUGGAGUUGUGUGGUGGUGAGGGAAAUUAAUUAUCCAGACCUGGUCCAAGAAAGUCGGUCAUCAUUCAUCAUCAUCAUCAUCAUCUUUCUUCAUCAUGAAAACAUUUAUUUUUUCUGCAGCAGCUGCUGCUUCUUCCCCCGGCUCCUCCUGCACCUCCAAACACCAGCAGGUCCACAGUGCUGCAGAUUUUGAACACAUUGCUCACAUGAGUAUGUUUGAGAAUUAUGAACAAGCCUGGAAUAUUCCAGUAAGAAUAAGACGUACACUUGCUGCUUCUCAGGACAUUGCAUCCACUCCACUACAAAUUGAGGAAGAGAUCCAAUACAGCUCCCAGCAAGAAAAGAGAGGAGGAAAGAUGCUGCCAGAAUCUUCCGUUCAUUGCCAUAUGUCUCCUGCCAUGAAAGCAAAUAAAAAUGGAAAGCGAAGAAUGAAAGAAAUAACUUCUAAUCAACAUGCAGAAGAUUGUCCUCAUUUGACAGAUGAAGUUAGAAAUGAAGUUGAUUCUUCUGAAAAUGAAGAUGGCAGUGAACAUGAGAAUGACAUAUUUGAUGAUGCCAGGAAGCAGAAACUAAAGAGAGCGGGUGCCUCGACCAUAAAGGCAGAGAAUGAGAUUUCUGCAAACAACACGAAGAAGAGUACAUCUGAAGCAUACACCAAAGACAUUGUAGGCAAACAAAAUGUGGAAAAGAUUGUUCCUGCUAGUAAGAGAAAGGAUGUUGCUGAGUGGAUCCAAUCACAGGACCCUUACUGUGAUUUUACUGAUAAGAAUCAGUCGCCAACUGGAAAUGAUCCUAACAUCCAUUCAUCUGACAGAAGUAAACAUCUACAAAGUUAUGCAGAUAAAGGGAAAAACAUGGAGGACCCACCUUCGGAAUGUAUUCCAGAUGUUAAGCAACCUACGUAUUCCGACCAGAGUAACAGUCUUCUGAAAAUAUGGGGACUUCCUCCCCUUCAGCCAGGGCAAAAGGAUUACCUGAAUGCCUUGCUUCAUCUGCCUGUUUCAUCCUCUAAUUAUUGAGAUCUCAUAAAUAAAAUAAGUUAUCACUCACAAGAGUUGAAGCACGGGCACACCUACAAAAUAACAAAGGAGUUAAGGUGCAAUCAGAAAGCAGUGUCUGCAGCCUUCUAACCUAUAUCGCGAUGUAUCCAUCAAUAAAAAAUGUUUUACUUUAUAUAACUAUCUAAUAUUCUCCUUUAUCAAG